AUGCGCUCCGGGGACAGUUACGAGUUGGGGCUUGAGCGGUUCCAGAGCCCGGGUAGGGGCAGAGGGCUGAGGGCUUUGCGUCGCUUCGCCGUGGGUGAGCUGCUCUUCUCCUGCCCGGCCUAUACUUGCGUGCUGACCGUCAACGAGAGAGGCAAUCACUGCGAGUGCUGCUUCGCCAGGAAAGAAGGAUUGUCCAAAUGUGGAAGAUGUAAGCAGGCGUUUUACUGCAACGUAGAAUGCCAGAAGCAGGACUGGCCAAUGCACAAGCUGGAGUGCUCUGCCAUGUGUGCAUUUGGACAGAAUUGGAAUCCCUCUGAGACAGUGAGACUCACUGCACGGAUUCUUGCCAAAGAGAAAACACAUCCUGAAAGAACUGACUCAGAAAAACUCCUUUCUGUAAAAGAGUUUGAAUCCCAUCUUGAUAAGCUUGACAAUGAAAAAAAGGAGCUGAUUCAGAAUGACAUCUCUGCUCUCCAUCACUUCUAUUCAAAGCACAUGGACUACCCUGACAAUGAGGCUCUUGUGGUCCUCUUUGCCCAAGUUAACUGUAAUGGCUUCACCAUUGAAGAUGAAGAACUUUCUCACUUGGGGUCUGCGAUAUUCCCUGAUGUGGCACUUAUGAACCACAGUUGCUGCCCUAAUGUGAUUGUUACCUACAAAGGGACAGUGGCUGAAGUGAGAGCAGUUCAGGAUAUUGAACCUGCUGAUGAGAUUUUUACCAGUUACAUUGACUUGUUGUAUCCCACAGAAGACAGAAAUGAUCGGUUAAGAGACUCCUAUUUCUUUACUUGUGAUUGUAGAGAAUGCAUUACUAAAGAAAAGGACAAAGAUAAACUCGAAAUCCGUAAGCUGAAUGAGCCUCCAUCAGCAGAAGCUGUGCGAGAUAUGAUCAAAUAUGCCAGAAAUGUGAUUGAAGAAUUCAGGAGGGCCAAACACUACAAAUCCCCAACUGAACUGCUGGAGGUUUGUGAGCGUAGCCUGGACAAGAUGGGCUGUGUGUUUGAAGAGAGUAAUGUGUACAUGCUGCACAUGAUGUAUCAGGCCAUGGGAGUCUGUCUCUACAUGCAAGACUGGGAAGGUGCUUUACGCUAUGGACAGAAGAUUAUUAAACCAUACAGUAAACAUUACCCUUUGUACUCCCUCAACGUGGCUUCCAUGUGGUUGAAGCUUGGAAGACUGUACAUGGGCCUGGAAAACAGAGCUGCUGGUGUUAAAGCUCUGACAAAGGCAAUUGCUAUCAUGGAGAUAGCACAUGGGAAAGAUCAUCCAUACGUUAUAGAGAUCAAAAAGGAAUUAGAGGCCCACUGAGUCUUUGAAUCUAUGCAAUCCUUCAACCUUUCCUUUAAAAGCCCUGCUAUGGAAGCAUCAGGAGUGCUUUGAAAACUGACAUGGGAUGAAAGCUUUUCUGUAAAAUAAUUGGAAUGACAAACAUGUGGUGCACACAGGCCUUGCCUCUUGCAUUCUCAGAGAUUUGCGAAGUUACUUGAGCCUUGACAAAUUAAUUUUUGAAUGCUUUUUUUUAAAAAAAGAAAAUGCCACGUUUCAUACAGUUAAUGCCUUUGAUCACGUGUCAAGCUGACCAGUGUUUAUUCCUCACAGAUUUUAAUGUAUUGUUUAUCUUAGUCAUGCAAAGCAGCUAAUUAAAUUGGGACAACCUUACUGCAGUCUGCUUGCUUGUUUGCCUCUUAACUGAGAGCUAUUGUGAAAUUGCUUUUAGCUCCCAGCAAAGUAGGACCUCUGCCCUAUUAGUUUUUUUAAAAAAAUAACUUUUGUGUGUGGUCACUUGUAAACUCUCAUGCCAACAUGUGGUAUGAACUUUGCUCUUGCUUACAGUAUGCAUCUCCGGUGUCAAAACUCAGACUGAUUGUCCAAUUUAUGCUAACAGUGUGUCUGCAAGGAUGGUGAUAGUGCAACUUCUUACCCCAUGUAUGGAAUGUCUCUGCAUGUUUCUAGUGUGUUUAUGAACCUACAGGAAUAAAAAGAAAUGCAGGAUUGA